GCCUGAGAGUGGAUAAAACUGAGUAGUCUCCCUGACCCCAAAAAACAAAGAGAUAACAAAACCAAUCCUCUCCCACCCUUCUCUUCUCUACUCCAGUUCCCACUCUUCAAUUUACCACUAAAAAUGGCGAUUUCAGCAUCAGCAACAGUCUCCACCUCCUCAAAACUGGCCUACCCACACCCCUCCACCUCCUCCCCAGCACCCCCCUCUUUCUCCUUUAAACCCACCUCCUCUACCCUAACUCCCAAAACCCUCCUCUCCUCCUCCUUCAUUUCCCCCUUCCUCACCACCACCGCCUCCCCCACUUCCUCCACCUCCCCCGCCACCACCACCCGCCGCCGCUCCUUCACUGUCCGCGCCGCCAGGGGGAAAUUCGAAAGAAAGAAACCCCAUGUCAACAUCGGUACAAUUGGCCACGUCGACCACGGUAAAACCACUCUCACUGCUGCUUUAACCAUGGCCCUAGCUUCCAUGGGUAACAGCGCCCCCAAGAAAUACGACGAAAUUGACGCCGCCCCUGAAGAACGCGCUCGUGGUAUCACCAUCAACACUGCUACUGUUGAGUAUGAGACUGAGAAUCGUCAUUACGCUCAUGUCGACUGCCCGGGUCACGCUGAUUAUGUUAAGAAUAUGAUUACUGGAGCUGCCCAGAUGGACGGAGCCAUUCUUGUUGUGUCCGGCGCUGACGGGCCUAUGCCGCAGACGAAGGAGCAUGUUUUGUUGGCAAAACAGGUGGGUGUUCCGAAUAUGGUUGUUUUCUUGAAUAAACAGGACCAAGUUGAUGACGAGGAACUGCUACAGUUGGUUGAAUUAGAGGUUCGUGAGUUGUUAUCUUCUUAUGAGUUUCCUGGUGAUGAUAUUCCUAUUAUUUCUGGCUCUGCUUUGUUAGCUUUAGAGGCUUUGAUGGCUAAUCCCGCUAUUAAACGCGGUGAGAAUCAGUGGGUUGAUAAAAUUUAUGACCUUAUGGAUUCUGUUGAUAGUUAUAUUCCUAUUCCGCAAAGACAGGUUGAUUUGCCCUUUUUACUUGCUAUUGAGGAUGUGUUUUCGAUUACUGGUCGUGGUACUGUUGCCACUGGUAGAGUUGAACGAGGGACCGUUAAGGUCGGUGAGACUGUUGAGAUUGUCGGUUUGAGGGAAACUAGGAAUACUACUGUUACUGGUGUUGAGAUGUUUCAGAAGAUUUUAGAUGACGCGAUGGCUGGUGAUAAUGUUGGUUUGUUGUUGAGAGGAAUUCAGAAGAUUGAUAUUCAAAGAGGCAUGGUUUUGGCGAAAGUUGGGACAAUUUUGCCCCAUACGAAAUUCUCGGCGAUUGUAUAUGUGUUGAAGAAAGAAGAGGGUGGUAGGCAUUCGCCUUUCUUCGCUGGUUAUAGGCCUCAGUUUUACAUGAGGACAACUGAUGUCACUGGGAAGGUUACUGCUAUUAUGAACGAUAAGGAUGAGGAGUCGAAAAUGGUUAUGCCUGGUGAUCGUGUAAAGAUGGUGGUCGAGCUUAUUGUGCCUGUUGCUUGUGAACAGGGUAUGAGGUUUGCUAUCAGAGAAGGUGGGAAGACUGUUGGAGCUGGUGUCAUUCAGUCUAUCAUUGAGUAGAUACUCUUAAAAGUAAUUGUUUCUUGGCUUCUUUAAUGGUGUUGAACUUUAUAUCGUUGUGCAAUCAGUUUCGCCAUUUUAGAAAAACUGUCGGAGCCCAAUGUCAUAUAAUUUGCAGUUUUGUUCUUCUUUCACUUUUUGCUGUUUAGUCUAGCGGGAUUAUAUUCUUAUGAUAAUUUCAAUUUGAUUUCUUUGUCGCCA